ACAAAUUUGAGUCAAUGUCUGCUAAAAGUUAGCUCUAAAUAAAAAUGGAUAGGGACAAACCCUAUUUCACUAGUUUACUUCAUUCUAGUAUAAUAAAAACUAACUUUGGCUUUUGUGGUUUCAUGAUCACUCAAGGUUUAUGGAUUAAACUUAGAGUAUAUUUUUGCUUUGCCAUCCCUCUCAAAGUUUGUAUUCCAGAACCAGAUGAACAUGAAUUCAAAAAUAUUGAGGAAGCUCAAGCUAAGAUAGAGAAAAUUAAGGAGGCCCUAAAUAUCACUUGAUAAGUUUCAUCCAUUUUAAAAU